CACUGGUUUCUACCCGGACAAGUUUGUGGAGCACACGGGUUUUCUCUGCGUCUAUUUGAGAUGGCGCUCAAUCUGUAAAGAGAGUGAGGCCUGUAUUUAUAUUGAUAAUAUAGUUUAGGCAGACACGACGGAGAUGAUGGAUGGUGGGAAACCCUCGUUGGCUCUUGUUUAUCAGGCGGUACAGGCGCUUUAUCACGACCCGAAUCCCGCCGGGAAGGAGCGAGCUUCGGUGUGGCUCGGAGAACUGCAGAGAUCGAUGUAUGCCUGGGAGAUCUCAGACCAGCUAUUACAAAUGAAGCAGGAUGUUGAGUCAUGUUACUUUGCUGCACAAACCAUGAAAAUGAAAAUUCAGACAUCAUUCUAUGAGCUUCCUCAAGAGACACACCUUGCCCUUCGUGACUCUUUGCUCUCCCACAUUCAGAACCUUAAAGACCUCUCACCUAUCAUCAUUACACAGCUGUCCCUGGCAAUUGCUGAUCUUGCACUGCAGAUGCCAUCAUGGAAAGGCUGUGUUCACACACUCAUAGAAAAGUACAGUAAUGAUGUGACUUCAAUGCCUUUUCUGAUUGAAAUCCUCACAGUGCUGCCAGAGGAAGUGCACAGCCGAUCAUUGAGGAUAGGUGCUAACCGGCGAACAGAGAUCAUAGAGGACCUUGCAUACUAUUCUACCACUGUCGUUACACUGUUGAUGACAUCCCUGGAGAAGUCUGGGAGUGAUGAGAAGAUGCUUAUUAAAGUUUUCCGCUGCUUAGGCAGUUGGUUUAAUCUGGGUGUGCUGGACAGCAACUUCAUGGCGACUAAUCAGUUGUUGGUGGUUCUAUUCCAAGUGCUACAAAGGGAUGAGUCCCUUACUAACUUGCAUGAAGCCGCAUCAGACUGUGUGUGCUCAGCCCUCUAUGCCAUUGAGAAUGUAGAUACACAUAUGCCUCUUGCCAUGCAGCUGUUCCAGGGUGUUUUAACAUUAGAAACGGCUUACCACAUGGCUGUGGCCCGUGAGGACCUUGACAAGGUGCUGAAUUACUGCCGGAUUUUUACUGAGUUGUGCGAGACUUUUAUGGAAAUUACUGUCAGGACCCCAGGACAAGGCAUGGGGGACUUGCGCACAUUGGAGCUGUUGCUCAUUUGUGCUGGACAUCCUCAGUAUGAGGUGGUAGAAAUCUCUUUCAACUUCUGGUAUCGCCUGGGGGAACAUCUAUACAAGACAAAUGAUCCAGCACUGCAUGGUGUUUUCAAACCCUAUAUCCAAAGACUACUACACAGCCUGGCACGUCAUUGUCAGCUAGAUCCAGACCAUGAAGGAAUUCCGGAAGACACAGAUGACUUUGGAGAGUUCAGACUGAGGGUUUCGGAUCUUGUCAAGGAUGUUAUUUUCCUUGUAGGCUCAAUGGAGUGUUUCUCACAGUUGUACUCUACCCUCAAAGAGGGAAAUCCACCCUGGGAAGUUACUGAAGCUGUGCUUUUCUUAAUGGCUUCUAUUGCUAAGAGUGUAGACCCUGAGAACAACCCUACCUUGACAGAAGUGCUGGAACAAAUUGUGCUUCUUCCUCAGACAGUGCACAUUGCUGUGCGCUACACCAGCAUUGAAUUGGUGGGAGAAAUGAGUGAGGUGAUGGACCGCAACCCUCGCUUAUUAGAUCCUGUGCUAGAAUAUUUAAUGAAGGGGCUGCGGGAGAAGCAGUUGGCUUCGGUAGCAGCAAAAGCCAUUCACAACAUGUGCUCAGUGUGCCGGGAACACAUGGCACAACACUUCCAAGGCCUGCUUCACAUUGCACGAUCACUGGACUCCUUCGCUCUCAACACAGAUGCCGCCAUUGGCCUACUCAAGGGAACAGCACUUGUGCUGGCAAGGCUUCCACUGGAGAAGAUAGCAGAGUGUCUGAGUGAUUUGUGCUCUGUUCAGGUCAUGGCUCUAAAGAAGCUGCUGUCUCAGGAGUCCAGUAAUAGAAAAUCUUUAGACCCUACAGUAUGGCUGGACAGACUGGCAGUAAUCUUCAGACACACAAAUCCUUUUGUAGAGAAUGGACAAAUCCACCCUUGUCAAAGAGUCAUCCAGGAGAUCUGGCCAGUGUUAUCAGAAACAUUGAACACACACCAGGCAGAUAACCGCAUUGUGGAGCGCUGUUGCCGCUGCUUGAGGUUUGCUGUGCGCUGUGUGGGAAAGGGAUCGGCCGCGCUACUACAGCCACUCGUCACACAGAUGGUGAGUGUGUACCAGGUGUACCCACACUCAUGCUUCCUGUACUUGGGCAGUAUUCUGGUGGAUGAAUAUGGCAUGGAGGAGGGCUGUAGACAAGGCCUGCUGGACAUGCUACAGGCGCUCUGCAUGCCCACCUUUCAGCUGCUGGAGCAGCCCAAUGGCCUGCGCAACCACCCUGACACUGUUGAUGAUCUGUUCAGACUUGCUACUAGGUUUAUUCAGCGCAGCCCUGUCACAUUGCUAAGCAGCAGUAUCAUUGUCCACAUCAUCCAGUGUGCCAUUGCAGCCACGACGCUUGACCACCGAGACGCUAACUGCAGUGUUAUGAAGUUUGUCAGAGACCUCAUUCACACUGGGGUUUCCAAUGAUCAUGAGGAUGACUUUGAGGUGCGGAAACGUCUGAUUGCUCAGGCAAUGCAGCAGCAUGGGCAGCAACUAGUAACACAGCUAAUACACACCUGCUGUUUCUGCCUGCCUUCAUACACACUGCCAGAUGUGGCUGAAGUGCUUUGGGAGAUCAUGGUAUUUGAUCGACCGAUAUUUUGCCGCUGGCUUGAAGUGGCUCUAAAAAGCCUUCCCAAGGAGAUGUCAGGAGGAGCUGUAACAGUCACUCACAAACAGCUAACAGACUUCCAUAAGCAGAUCACAAGUGCAGAGGAAUGUAAGCAGGUAUGUUGGGCAGUGAGAGAAUUCACCAGGCUUUAUCGAUAGCUGGAUUUGCACACUCAUGCUUCAGUGUCAGAGUGUCAGGUAAAAUCUUGUGUUUGUAAACAUCAAAAUGACAACAGAGAGGCUCUGAAUUGGAUGCUUUUUGAAAAAUUAAAACGAUUUUUGGGACUAAGCACCAUGGAGAGCCGGUGAGACAGUGCAGCUUCGGGGUGAAAGGAAAUGCUUUCAGGGAGAGAAGAAAAGUCCAUUCCCUUCCUUUGCUCGCUUGCUAAGCACACUGCUGCUAUAGCCACAAGAAGUAAUCUUGUUAAAGAGUGCAAGAAAGUGUACACCCAUAUUCAGCCAAAACAAAAAAUUAAACAAGAAUGUGCCUGGUUGCAGCUCAUAACUCAUUGUAGAAAAAAUAGACUUUAGACAUUUUUUUAAACAGAAAUGGAGAGAUUUAUUUUCAUGGACGUGUCUUUAUGAAUCAGCUUGUUGCUGUCACUAUUAUAAAAUGAUGCUCAAGGACUUGGCAGUGGAAGGGAAAUACUGGGUGUUUUGAAUCUUUUUAUCAUUGACGGACUUUUACCAUCAUGAAUGAGUAACAGAUUGGAUUAACCGAAAUGUAUACAUUUUGUUCUUCCACUUUUUUGGCAUAGCGAGAAGCACAACCCAUCGGCAAUGUGUAGCCAUCUCAUGAACAAUAAAAUCAAAUUGGCCGUGA